GCGGUCUGUAGCGUGUCCUGCACAGUGGCCGCCUGUAUGAAAGACCGACGGAGCCUGACGCGUGACCACACUCCCCCAGCAGGAGUCUUCACGGCCGCUGCUCUCAUGGACUACUCUGAGCGACACCACUGAACGUGUGAGCGUGUGCGACUGUCAGCGAUUGUGCGUGUACAUGUGUGCGUGUGUAUGUGCGUGUUUCUCGAAUUCGGUGUGAGCGUGUUAGUUCGAUGUGACAACUGUGUUUAGAAAAAAAUAGGGAGAGAAUAUUGUAAUUACACGCGUGUGUACUGGGUGAGUGUGAUUGAUGGGACGUGGAGUUAGUGAAGGAAACCACAUGCUGUGAACACUUGUUUGGGCGAGUCUACCACCACAACCAGCACCACCACCACCACCGCCACCACUGCCACUAAAGGAUGGCGCCGCCCCGCAAACUGUCCCACUCUUGCUCGGCCGGCCUGCUCCCCACCUUCAGGCGCCUGCAGGUGGGCGGCGACGGGCAGGUGGUAGCGCCCACUCCUGCCCGGAGCCCUGCCCUUCACCGAGGCUCCGUCACCAUUCCUCACGCCGGAGGUCUGUUGCGGGUGUGGGCUGAGGUGCGGAGUGGCGCCCUACACGUGUACCCCCAGCGGGCGGCGGCACUCCCUUCAUUGGUUGUAGCACACCUGGCCCAGUGCCGCGUGUCCCUCACCUGUCUGGCGGGACCCUCACCUGCCCACUGCGUCCUGGUGCAUCGCAAGGGUCGGGAGGAGGUGCGGCUGCUGCUGGAGACGCGAGAGGAGGCGGAGGUGUGGGUUGGGAUGCUGCAAGUCACGGCGGUGUCUCGCUCCCUGCAACUGGAGGGGCUCAACCUGGAGUGCGGGGCGGCAGAAUGUUUCCCGCUAGGUGGCGAGGGCGUGGCUGGGGCGGAGGGGGUCUGCCUGGAGAGGGACGCGGCUGAGGACGAGGAGGAGGAGGAGGAGGAGGAGGAGGAGGACGGCGAGGAAGAUGAAGAACGGAGUACCCAAGAAACCCUCGCUAAUUUGAUCGACCUUCUGCAACCUUUCUAUUGCGGAGAUGACGUCGGAAGUGGAAGCUCCUGUGAUGCGGAGAGCCCUGAGGAGGAGGAGGACGAAGAGGAGGAGGAGGCCCGGUUAGAAGGAAGAGAGAGAGGCCAAAAGGAAGGCUGCUCCACUCCCUUACUCUCCUCCUCCUCCUCCUACACCACCAUGGUAGAGGGGACCGAGGUACGCCUCCGCCACCCACCGCGUCUCUCUCCUGACGAGGACGCUGGCAGGAGGGAGUUGCUGCAGCAGAUGUUGACCACCAAGUCCCUGCUGGAGAAGAAGCAGAAGAACCGUCGCUCUGGGGCGGGGGCGUGGGCGGUGACGGCUGGCGAGAUAGAGAACGAGUACGACAGGGCGCAGCACGAGGCUCAGCUGUCUGCGCUGCGCAAAGCUGUCAUCCUACGUCAGAGGAAGAACUCCACUGCCAUCAAGAUGGCAACACUGGAGCGGCAGCAAUCCUCUAAGGGCAAGAAGCAGAAACAGAGGAAGCAGAAGACGAAGGGUGACGGAGGCGGCGGCGGCGGCGGAGGAAACAACAACACGGGAGGAGGAGGCGUCGGAGUGUGGGCUUGGGACGGAACGGGCGGGGAGGCAAGUGGCGGCGGUGGGUGUAUGGGCGUGACGGGCGGGGACGUGACACACCAGCUGGAGGCGUUGCGUCGGAGACUAAGCGCCCUGGACUGUGAGCUGCGAGAGAGUAAACAGGAUACGGAAAGGACACUGCAGGACCUCCAGCAGCGUCGGGAACAGGAGCUGCAUUUGAUUAAAGACUUGGGAGGCGUGGCUGGGGACUUGCCGUUGGCGGGGGGCGGCGCUGGCGGGAUGGCGGAGAUGACCUUAGCCAAGAGCUCCAACGGCGGCUCCCUCAUGGGCUCCCUCUCGUCCAUUCCCUCCAUCGUUGUGUCCUCCUCCCCCACUAUUUCCUCCUCCUCCUCCUCCUCUGCCGUCGAGAAGAAAACAUCAGAGAAAAUCUUCGGUAUUAAGGUUGGGGGCAGCAAGGAAGGCCGCUCGAAGGCACGCAACCCCCUUCACUUCCUUGACCUCAAGCUUAGGGUCUCUCGGCGCCACAAGAGCACGGAAUGUCUCAGUGCCCGCGGCGCCUCCACCCCCACGCCAGACAGGUCGCACAGCAGCACACCAGGGAACGGCUCCUACAGUGACAACAGUAGUGACGAGGAGACCGACAACUUGCAGCAGCCCCGCCAGCCGCCCACAGCCUCUCAGCUACAGGCAGGGCGGGCGGGAUUGAGGACUGAGGUGAGUGUGGAGGCUCUUCGGGAGAUCGAGGCGUUCAAGCAGCUGAUCCAGAGAUACUUCGCCACGCACCCCCGUCACGACAGCAUCACCUCACACUCCAGGGAGAUACUGCUGUAGAAGGCUAGUUCUGCUGCGUUUUUACGAGUCUGCCUUUCCCUUUCAUUCCUUUUAAUGUCCUUUCAUCUAUCUACUUGUCCUCUUCUUUUUCCUCCUGCUCCUUUUCCUUCUCUUUCUCCUUCUCCUUCUCCUUCUGCUUCAUCAUCUCCUCCUCCUCCUCCUCCUCCUCCUCCUCCUCCUCCUCCUCCUCCUCCUCCUCCUCCUCCUCCUCCUCCUCUUCCUCUUCCUCUUCCUCUUCCUCCUCCUCCUCCUCCUCCUCCUCCUCCUCUUCCAUGACUUUAGUGGCGUCGCUCUACCUGUAGAAGCAAGCUGAUGUUCUGUAGAAGUGUGUAAAAAACUAGAAACAAAUAUAUAUAUGUUUUUUGUACAUAUAGUGUAUAUUUGAUUGGUGAGUCUGUAAAAGUAAGUAAUUUCUUAUAAUUUGUAUGGAAUGAAAAAGUAGGUGUGUAUUGAGGUAUAUUUGUAGUAUGUAUGUAGACUUAAGUUUUGGUGUGUGUAGUGGUUGGCAUAGUAGUUGUAAUAGUAGUAGUUAUUAUAGUAGUGGUACUAAUAGUGUGUGUGUGUGUGUGUGUGUGUGUGUGUGUGUGUGUGUGUGUGUGUGUGUGUGUGUGUGUGUGUGUGUGUGUUUAAUAAAGAGGCUUUCUAAGUGAUGUACGAGGCUCAUUUUAAGCAAUUAUGAUAGCAGUAAUAAUGAUAGUGCAUAAGCUAUAUUUUCUACUGAAGAUUAAUAUAUUGUAGUACUAAGUAAGACUAAACUCUCUCAGGAACACUGGCAAGGAGUGAUGAAAGGGAAGGGAUGAUGAGAAUAGAAAAAAAGAGAAAUGGCUGAAAGAGGAAGUGUAAGAGACGGAAAGAAGGGAAGGGAAAGGAAAAGAGAGAGAAAGAGGAAAGAGAAGAGAAUGGAAGAAAAAGAGUGAAGGAAAGCCAUAAAAAGAACACGGAAAGAAUAAAAGAAAUAGGGAGAAUAAUAAGAAAAAAAAGGAGAAAAAAAUCGAAAAGGGAGAAACGAGAGAAAAGAAAGGAAAACAAAGGGAAACUGGAAAAAGAAUAAGAAAUUGAAAAUAAUAUGGACGAUAUCAUGGAAGAAAAAGAAAAGGAAAACAAGAAAAAACGAUAAAGGAAAAGAAGUAGGAUAACGGAGAAAAUAAAAAGGAACAGAAAAAAAUAUCAGUCAAAUAUAAAAUAGAGAAACGAGAGAAAUUAAAGAAAAUAAAGAAAAUCUGGGAAGAGAAGAGACAAGAGCAUAAGAGAACACGAAUGAGCCAUUGAAUUAUUGCCUCACACACUCACCAGCAGGUAAUCCAGGUAUGAUAACUAGCCAGGUGAAGGAGGAACGCAGGAAGAAAAUGAAGGCGUGAGAGAGGGAAGAGGAGAGCAGCAGGUCACGUGAUUAAAGCAGAAUGAUAAUAGCAGAACAGGAAGGGGAAAUUGUGAGGAAGGAAGGGAAGAGAGGCAAGGAGAGAAGGAGUGGGAGAGGAAGAGGGAGGUAGGGAGGUGAGAUGGUCUAAUUACAGCACCUUAAUUGCCUUGUAAAUACCUGAACUUAUCCAAUAAAUUCCAUACGUUUAAGGUUAUAUAAUGUUGGAUUAAGUUUGAGGGAGUUAGAUUGUGUCAGUUUAAGUUGAGAUUACAUUAAGCUAGUUUAAGUUAGAGUAAGUUACAUCCAUACGUUCAGAUGACAUGGUGUUGAGUUAAGCUAGAGUGGGUUAGAUCGUCUUAGUUUAAGUUAGGUUAGGUUAAGUUACGUAGAGUGAGUUAGAUCGUGUCAGUUAUGCUAGGUUAGUUGAGUCUAAAGUAAGUAAUGUUAAGAUAGUUGCUCGAGUUUCAUUGUGUCAGUUUAAGUUAGACUGUUUUAAUUUGGACUGCACUGGAGUGGGGUUGGGAUAUAGUAGAACAAAUUAGAUUGAGUUAGUUUACAUUACGCUAGACUGUCUUAGGUUAGCUUAGAUUAAACUUCUUUAUAAAUGUUAACUGUCUUCCUCCAUAAAAAUAUUAGUUUCUGUUUUUCUUACGUUAGACUUGGUUGCGUUAUUAUUAUUCUUUUAUAGGCAGGAUUACAUCAACGUAGCUUGGUUUAAACACUUUUAGAAUGGGUUAGAUGAGAUUAGGUUACUCUGUGUCAGAUUAAACACGACUAUGCUAGAACAUGUUAGGUUAGGUCAGAUUAAAAUAACAUUGCAGUGAGUUAACUAAGUCGUCUGCGCCUUCUGAUAAUGGUGUGUCGGUCGUCUGUAUGCAAACGUUUGGAGCGAAGUGUUGGAGGAUCGAAAGUUUAAUUAAGA